AAAAGCACAGCUGCAGAGAUGCUGCUGCUGCUGCUGCCCCUGCUGUGGGCAGGGUCCCUGGCUCAGGAUGACACAUACCAGCUGGCAGUGCAGGAGUCCGUGACGGUGCAGGAGGGCCUGUGCGUCUCCGUGCCCUGUGCCUUCUCCUACCCUGAGAGCUACUGGACUAGUCCCCCAGCUCACGGCUACUGGUUCCGGGCCGGGGCGAAGGAAGAUCGGGAUGCUCCCGUGGCCACAAACGACCCGCGUCGAGCCGUGCAGGAGGAGACCCAGGGCCGAUUCCAUCUCCUCGGGGACCCCGGGGCCUCCAACUGCUCCCUGGACAUCAGAGACGCACAGAGAAGGGACACGGGGACCUACUUCUUUAGAGUGGAGAGAGGGUACACUGUGAAAUAUAGUUACAAAUUAAACCAACUCACUGUGCGUGUGACAGCUCUGUCACAGACACCUGACAUCGACAUCCGGGGGACCCUAGAAUCUGGCCACCCCAGGAAAAUUACGUGUUCAGUGCCAUGGGCCUGUAAGAGGGGGACGCCCCCCACCUUCUCCUGGAUCGGGGUCAACCUCACGCUCCUGGGUCCCAGGACUCCCCGCUCCUCCGUGGUCACCCUCACCCCUGGGCCCCAGCACCACGGCACCAACCUGACCUGUCGGGUGACCUUCCACAGUGGCGUGAGCACAGAGAGGACCAUCCGGCUCAACGUGUCCUAUGCUCCACGGAAGCUGCUGGUCCGCGUCUUCUGGGGAAAUCGCACAGUCCCAGAGGACCUGGCCAACGCCACCUCCCUGACAGUCCAGGAGGGCCAGUCCCUACGCCUGGUGUGUGGAACCGACAGCGAGGCCCCUGCCAGGCUGAGCUGGUCCCGGGGGAGCCUGACGCUGAACCCAUCCUACCCCUUGCACCCUGGGGUCCUGGAGCUGCGCCACGUGGUCUCAGGAGAUGGCGGAGAAUUCACCUGCCGAGCUCAGCACCCGCAGGUGUCCCUCCACGUCUCCCUGAAGCUCGUCGUGUGGGGUGUUCCUUAUUCCUACCCCCAGAGCUGUGGGGAGCAGCAGGGCUCCUGGCCCCUGGUCCUCACCCUGCUGAGGGGGGCCCUCAUGGGCGCUGGCUUCCUCCUCACCUACGGCCUCACCUGGAUCUACUACACCAGACCUUGUUUCUCCCAUCGGAUCAGAGACUCCCACGUGGACAAAGGCCGAAAGGCGUGA